GUGAACGCUGGAAACCACAGCACGUCUCUCUCUCUCUCUCUCUCUCUCUCGCUCGCUCUCCAGUCUGCAGAGCGAAGUGGUCGUCGUCGUCUUCAGCUGAGAUCUGUUCGCUCGAGUCCGAGAUUUCAACCUGCUCAAGCAAAGAUGUUCGAUGAUCAGGACCUCGGAUUUUUCGCCAAUUUUCUCGGUAUCUUCAUAUUCGUCCUAGUGAUAGCUUAUCACUAUGUGAUGGCCGACCCCAAGUACGAAGGCAACUGAGUCGACUUACCGGGCAGAGCCACUACAUGUACUUCUUGGAGAGACAUGAUUAGAUCGAGCUAACUAUAAAAUGGAUCUCCGUAGCUUUCUUUGCUUGUCUCGUAACGUUGUGAUGUCAGAGCAGCAGCAAUACGCAACAGUGCUUAGUAUUACCAUGAAUCUUUUGCUCAUCGUACUGCUUGAUAUUAUUCUAAAGAAAGCAUUCAUGAUGUAGUUUGAUGGGAAAAUUGCAAUGAUUUCGUGGAAGAUGAGGAUGAGGAUUAGGAUCA